AUGUCAACUACAGAUGUACCAGAUGCUAUAAGCAUUUUGAAACUCGUGAUGUACAUGGAAGACUUCGCAGAUGGCGAGAGUCGAAGUGAUAAUAAUCCAGCACCACUAGUCAAGAACUCGCAGUUACCACCUCCACUAGUCGAGAUAACUUUCGUGGUGCCGGGAAGUUCAGAGAACGAUGUCUCAAAAUGGCCUGCUACCGCCUCCUACGAAUACAUCGCACAGAAUUGUGAAGGUGAAGGUCUCACUACUACUGCGAAGAAAUCGAUCGAGAAAGGAGCCAAAAGCAAGAACAUCGAAAAUGCUAAAAAAUCCGUUUUGGAACGAGCAUUUUCAAUGAACAACGGAUAA